UACUUAUAAAGGAGCUUCUCCUUCUCUGAGCUAACCAAAUCAACUCCUUUUUCUCAAGUGAUACAUACAUCUUCCUUCUUUUUUCUCCCUCCCAAGAAACCAGAGUUCCAUUAAAAUUCAAAAGACUUUUUUCAAUCUUCCACUCUCGAUAUACAUACUUAUUCGUGUAAUGGCUUCAAACUCCAUGAGCUCAAACGCUACUUGGACACGUAAGGAGAACAAAUUAUUUGAAAGGGCAUUGGCAAUAUAUGACCAGGACACUCCUGACCGUUGGCAUAACGUCGCCAGAGCAGUUGGUGGCAAGUCAGCCGAAGAAGUAAGGCGACACUAUGAGCUCCUCAUUAGGGAUGUCAAUGACAUUGAGUCAGGGCGUUAUCCACAUCCCAAUUACUAUUCAAAUGGAAACAACCACUGAAAGUAUUUAAGGAACUCUAAAAGGGUCUUCUGAGUUCGAUAUGGUUCCAAACCCACUCACAAAGAACAUCUAAGCGAAGCUAUAUAUAAAUGUAUUUACUUAUUUUUGUGUAACGAUUAUGUAAGAAUCCUCUACUUCCGCGCUAAUCUAAAUCAAUCAGUGUGAGUUACAUAUAGUACCGAUCCAUUCUUACACAUAUCAUAUAAAAACCCAAAAAAAAAAAAAAAAAAAAAAGAAAGGAAGAAGAUCAGACGAUUAUUAAAAACCCUGAAUUGACGAUCCAGAACAUGUUUUGGUUCACUUUUGCACUCACCUCAUCAUUUUGGCGGGUAGCCUGAUGACAAUCUCCACGAACAUUGUAAUUUGAUUGGACCAUAUCAUACGGUAGUGCUCACAAACAA